AUCAAUUGAGCUCGACUUCGCGAAACAGUCAAGUUUGACGGUGGCGAAGUGUCAUUACUCAGUUGACAGUUCACACUUCAAAAUUCGACCCAUUCCACAAUAUUCUCUCCCGCCUACAGAAUUGGGAUAUUUAUUUGUUCGUUCCCCCAAUCACGAGUUGACUCUGAGUCUUCGCAAGUUCAUCCGAGAUCUGAAAAAAAUGGCGGAGGCGGCGAUUACAUUCCUGCUGGAAAACUUGCAGAAGCUCCUCUCCGACCACGUCCACCUCAUCUCCGGCGCCGAAGGAGAGCUGAAGCAGCUGCAGAACGAGCUCGAUUUGAUGAAAGCAUUCCUCGUCCAAUCGGCCAAUCGGCGCGAAAAGGGGGAACUUUUCCGGCAGUUCGAGACUCAGAUUAGGGACGUGGUUCACGAAGCGGAGGACACACUCGACACCUGCCUUGUGGAGGCCGCCGCCGGUAUGAAGAGGAAUUUCCUGUCCAGAAAUCUCAACCCUAAGGGUGCCAGCCUCGCCAAAAAGGUCAAGACACUCAGGGAGACUGAGGUCAAACCCAUCUUCGAGCGGGCCAAGAUCAACUUCGCCAACUUGCAAAUCGCCGAUCCAUCCGCCACCGGCGACGAAGACACCAAGGGUAAAGCGAAAAAGAUUCCCCUCCUGAGAGAAGACAACAUAGUAGGUUUUGAAGGCGAGGCCGACACACUAAUCAGCUAUCUCAAUGAAGAAUCGGAGGAACUUGAAGUUAUCUCCAUUAUCGGCAUGCCUGGCCUCGGAAAGACAACCCUAGCAUGGAAAAUAUACAAAGAUUCAAGAGUUCAAUUCGAAUUCCCGACCAUGAUUUGGGUUUACGUUUCUCAAGAAUUCAACAGGAGGGAUGUCUUUCUCACUAUUCUGAAAAAGUUCACCCAAGUAGACAUGUCCAGCAAGACCGAUAACGAGCUGGCGUGUUUGGUUCGAUCCUAUCUGGAGAAAUCGAAAUUCAUUUUGUUCAUGGAUGAUGUGUGGACUACCGAAGAUUGGAAAAAUAUCGAAGCGGCCUUGCCCAAGGGUAACAAAUUGGGGAAAGUUCUAAUCACAAGUCGGCACGAAAGAGUGGCCGUCCACGCGAAUCGGAAACGGGAGCCCCACCAGCUUCGUUUCUUGGAUUCGACCGAGAGUUGGGAGCUUCUUCAGCUAGAGGUAUUUCGUAAUCUCGAUGAUUGCCCUCAAGACUUUAAAACUCUUGGGAAAGACAUAGCCAGGCAAUGUGGUGGGGUGCCUCUGGCAAUAGUAGUGAUAGGAGGGAUGCUUGUGGAAAGCUUCUCACCGCAAGGAGGUAGCGCGAUGAAAAGUGAAUGGGAAAAGAUAUCGGCUAGCGUGAAUUCGUAUCUCGCGGAUGACAAGGAGAAGCGCACGGAAAAUAUUAUCGCGUUGAGUUACAAACAAAUGUCUCACGACUUGAGAGACUGCUUCCUUUAUUUGGGAGUAUUUCCGGAAGAUACCGAGAUCCAUGCCUGGAAGUUGAUCCGCUUGUGGAUUGCAGAAGGAUUCAUUAAACAUAAGCCACCGAAGAGCUUGGAGGAAGUGGCGGAGGACAAUUUGAAAGAUCUUAUAAACUUGAACUUAGUCAUGGUUGAUAAAACAAAGGCCGAAGGUGGCAUUAAAGUGUGCCGUAUGCACGACAUGAUCCGCGAGUUCUGCAAAGCCGAGGCUGGAAUUAAAAAGCAGAAUUUGUUUCAAGAAGUGAAGAAAUCCAACAAUGUUUUCGACCCUCGUGUUUCCCAAAUACAAAAGCACCGCCGAAUUUGUAUCCAUUCGUACGUCCAAGACUUCCUCCGUGGAAGGCCAAAGGGCCCAAGAGUUCGUUCCUUUUUAUGUUUUUCAAAGGAAACCAUCACGUUGCCCUUAGAAUGCAUCCCAUCGAUACCCGAGGCGUUCGACUUGCUCAGGGUUUUAGAUGCGAACCCUAUAAAAUUCUUGAAAUUCCCCAUUAAGCUCACGCAGCUAAUUCAUUUGAGGUACAUUGCUUUGUCCGGCGACGAAUUCAAGUCUCUUCCCGAUGCCGUAUCCAAACUAUGGAAUCUGCAGACUAUCAGAAUCGACACAAUAUCGCGCACAUUUGAAAUCAAAGCAAAUAUAUGGAAGAUGAGGCAGUUGAGGCAUUUCAAGACGAAAGCAGCCAUUACUCUUAGCAGCGAAUUGAAAGGUGAAGCUGCAGAGAACCUUCAAUCGCUCAGUAGAUUAUCGACCCAAUGUUGCACCGAAGAAUUGUUCAACAAAACUCCGAACCUAAUAAACUUGGGGAUUCGCGGGGAUUUGGCCACUCUUUCCGAUAGCAGGUGCUUGAUAAAACUGAACCGUCUUCAAAAGUUGAAGCUAUUGUACGAUGUAUUUCCCGACGUAACUUCCGAGAACCCGUUGAGCCGCCUCGCUCAACCGGAUAGGUUCCCGCCAAAUUUGAAAAUCUUGGAAUUGUCGGCCACUCAUUUGAGUUGGAAGCAUAUGUCAACAUUGGGAAAGCUCGGUGCACUAAAGGUGCUCAAACUGAAAGACUUUGCAUUCGUCGGGAAAUUCUGGGAAGCUGGUGUCGAAGGCAAAUUUGCUUCUCUUGAAUUCCUUCUCAUUGCGCGUACGGAUCUCGAGUUUUGGACAGCCUCGAGUGAUUGUUUUCCCGGUCUGAAAUGUCUUGUCUUGAAAAACUGCGAGAGACUUGAAGAAAUUCCACUUCUGCUGCAUAAAAGCCUUCAGAUAUUGGACAUCGAACGUGUCAGCAAAACUGCAGCAGCCUCUGCACGGAAAAUCGAGGCGGAAAAAGAAUGUAUGCAUGGGCAGCAGCAUAGGGCUAAAAGGGGUGGUUUUAAGCUCAUAAUUGCUCCUGGAGACGAGCGAUAAAACCGCUCGAUCAAACUAUAAUAUCCUACAGCAGGUGCAUUUUUUGGGGGGAAAUAGAGGAAACUGUACAAGGUGUUGAAGCCAACUUAGAGGAAGUAAAAACAAAGCCGAUUAGCCUGCUAAAGCCGACGCUCAAAAUUCAGAACCUACAAAUGAUAUGGGUACGAAAACAUGCAAAGAUACAAGACGGUGAAGCAAUCGAUCUCUAGCAAAGGAGAAAAAGAACAAUCAUCGGAAAGUAUCGGAACUCAUAAUAGCCAGCCAUUCGAGAAGCGGAGGAUGAUGGAAAAAAAUAGCUACUGAAAGCUUUGUUGCUAUGAUUUAUUUUCUGUGUGUCACAUACUUCUUUUUAUGGGCUGUGUUGGAUUUUGUUUUAUGUGUCUUUUAUGUUUGCAGAGUUGGAUUGUCUUCUAUGUUUCUUUUUACAGUCACUUAGAUAUGUAAUAUAAAGACCCCAUUUUCUAUUUUCUCUUAGAACCUUACAAAAACUCCGGAGUAUCUCCAAGAAUUUAAUAUAAGGUGUUUUUGUGCAA